AAGGGGUACCAACGUGUACAAUAUUUAUAUAAAAUGUACGGUUAUUAUUCAUGUAUGUUGUGCGGCCAGUAUUGUUUAUUAAAAGGCGAUAAUUUGUACACUUCAUAACCAAUGCAUAAUGGUUUCGAAUAUUUUUAUAUUCACUCUUGUGACCUAUCGCUAGGUAUCUCCCGUAUUAGGUAUUAGGUUCAUGAAAAAACGACUUAUGUGAACUUUUUUUGGUUUUUAUCAUACAAUCACAUAUUGACACAUCUGUGUAUACAAAUCCUAAAAAAGUGUAUCUGAUUCGAGAAUACCGUCAACUUGUGUGUUAACCUUCGUAGUAUAACCAUCGAUUUUCUAAGCUAUUAUAAGAAGCACUUACACAAACACAAAAAAAACACCAAAUUUUAGUGAAAUAUUGUACCAAGUUGAAAAUGAUUUAAAACCAGUAAUUUAAAAAAACUGUUCACAAUAACAUAUUUUGACUAGGUACACCACAAAUUAGUAUUAAUUAUUUCGAUAUGUCGUUUAUGCAAACAAAUUUGAAAUGACUCGUGUCAAAAAAUUGUAGAAAAAUAAGUACAUUUUGACUUAAACAUACGGUAGUAACCCACAGCAUAAUAAUAACAGUCGAGUUAAACAGAAUAUUAUUAUAACAGUUGAAUAUUCCUGUAUGCUAUUAGAUAUGAUGAAUAUCAAGAUUGUUCUUUUACUUAGUCUAGCAGCGUAUCCUUCGUCUGGUAAACAUUUAUCUUGGGAAUUAGUAAUUACGUAAAAUUUAGUUAUUGAUUAGAAAAAAUAUAUAUGUAUCUGCAUAUUUGAUAUUUUUGAGCAUAUAUUUGCCUAUAAUUAUUAUUUCUAGAUUUAAUUGCAUGUUGUAAGUAAAAUAUUAAUACAAACGUUUCAUUUUAUUAUUAACCUUUAUUGUGUUUACGAAUAUGAGCACUGAACUCAAUAUUAAGAUCAAAAUUUCUAAAAUAUUUGUCAUUGUUCUUUUAAAUUUCAAAACAUCACCAAAAUAAUUGUAAUUUAAUGUUAUCCUGAUGUAUAUAAUACCUUUUCAAAUAUUUAAGGGGAACGGAAGCACUAUUUAUUAAGGGGCAAAGGAUAGGCAAUCCUUUUUGACAAAAAUUGAUCUAAUAGCCAUGUUUCAUAUGUCUACUAAUUUCAAGGCGAACACAUAUUACAAUAUUCUAAUUAUAAUACUUUUAAAGUUAUUUUUCUCCGAGUUAUGACGAAAGUUUGAUAAAAAACCACUCAUAGAAAUCAUUUUCUGGAGUAUCUAUUGGAUAGAUUUCAAGUUUUUUUUUAGCUUACUAUUUUUUCAAUGGUGGCUAAAAGGCCGAUUUUUGAUUUAGCGAUUAAAAAAGUAGUUGGAUGUAAUAGAAAAAACUUUAAAAAAAUAAAAAUAAAAAUGCUUAUAAAUGUUUAUGAUAUGAAAAUUAAAAAUCGGCAUUUUAGCCUCCAUAGAGAAGAUAUAACACUUCAGAAAGUGACUCCGCGUUUUAGUUUUAAUAUGUAAGAAAAAUUACGCUUUCCGUUCCCCUUAACCUAUGUAAAUGUUAUUUAAAUUAUGGCAUAUCAGCUAUUUGAAAACUUUAGACUAUAUUAUGUAAUAUUUUUAAAUAUGACGUGCUCUUUAGCUUUUUUAAGGAGUUUUGAUUUGGAAUCGAUAAAUGUCACUCUAAAGUUUGAACAGAACGUAGGUGAGUGUGAAGUCAAUUGUGUGGUAUGGGAUGCGGCUUUAGUGCUCGCCAAGUAUUUAGAAAUAUUGUACGAAAAACAAAAUACAAUUUUUGCCUCUAAGCGAGUCUUAGAGCUAGGAGCAGGAUUAGGAUGUGUCGGGAUUACAGCUGCGUGUUUUGGGGGAGAUGUUAUUUUAACAGAUUUACCACAAAACUUACCACUAUUACAAUAUAGUAUUGUACAAAAUGAACUUCAUAUUAUUAAAGGCAGUGCAAAAGCAGAAGCUUUAGAAUGGGGCACUAAAUUACAAGCGGAACCUUUUGAUAUUUUGUUAAUGGCCGAUUGUAUUUAUUAUACUGACGGUUUAGAUGAUUUAGUGAAAACAAUAGUGGAUUCGACAACACCAGAAACUUUAAUUUUAAUUAGUCAAGAGAUUAGAGAUACGGACAAAAAUAGUUGGGUAAUAUUUAUAAACAAAUUGAGUAAAUAUUUUACACUAUCAUACAUACCAGAAGAUGAACAACAUCCCCUUUAUAGAAGUUUCGACAUACUUAUAGUAAAUCCAAAGAAAAUAAGUUUGUGAAAUACAAAUAUACAUAAUGAUAAUAACCAUAACCUAUAAAAUAAUACUUAGUAUAAACUUAAAUGCAAUGAUCCCAUUAAUUU